AGUGUGUUGUCUGAGCACUCCUCAGGUAACCUGUGGUUCCUUGCUCUUCUCCGUUUACUGUUUCGACUGCUCUAUUUUCUUCUGACGAGUUGAAUGAGAGUUUUUAUUUAUGUUUGAUCGUAGAUCCGAAUUCAGUUACGAGAGACAUUUCUGCAAUUCCCGGAUCUCGGAUAUCCAUAUUCAUCUUCUCUGUUUCCUGCUUUCUUUUGAGGCUCUGCUCCGUCAAUCUCCAUUACUGCCUUUGUAUUAGGACAAUUCUCUCGAGAUGGACAGAAAAGAACCCACUCCUUCAGAAGAUCCGAUACACGGGGCGUCUACCUCAUCGACCUCUCCGCAUGGAGGCGACUCUGGAGGCGGAACGCAAAAACCAAAAGGAAACGAUCACGACGUGUUCUUGAGCUCGGUAUGCCCGAUGUGGAGCACGCUAUUCGAUGAUCUCCGUCAUGGCCUCGUCAUUGCAGGAAUCGACACGUUCUGCAGUAAGGACAAUGCGGAUGAGUGGAUUCCCUACAUUCUUCCGCAGUGUAAGAUCUCGAUCCCAAUUUUCGAGCGGGGAUUUGUUAACGACAAAUCGGGCCUUCGCGAGCUUGUUCACAUGUGGAAAUGCAAGAGAAGCAGCGGGCAAAUAGUGUUGCCCAUAUUUGAUGAAGUGGGACCCUUGGAAGUGCAACUUCUUGAAGGGGAAUCUAUAGAAGAAUUCUCUAGACUUGAAGGUCGGGUGGACGAAAUGGAACUGGGGGAAUGGAGAAAAGCGCUCGCCGAAGUCGGUUCCUUGAGAGGAUGGGAAGCAGAGAAAUUUGCCUAUGGGAAGAAAGGAGCAUUGGUUGAACUAGUUGUCGCACGAGUUGUGAGCUUGUUGAAAACAACUUUCAAGCAUCCCACAUAGUUGGUUGGAAUUGAUGAUCAUGUGAAAUAUAUUAUGAGCUCAAUAGAUCCUAAAUAUAAUGAUACAAGAA